AUGGUUAAGGGGUCUGGUUGGGGUGAGGAGCUCGAUAGGUUUCAGGUUGCUGGAAGGAGAGUGAUUGUCGGGACAAUGGGUUUCAAGGGUGUAGUGAUGGUGGGGGCAGUGAGGCUGUUGUUGGAAGCUUGGGGUUGGAGAGAGGGUUUAAGCGGUUGUUUGGCAUGGAGCUUCGGCUAUAGAAAGGUUGUAUCUAUGAAUGCUAGAGAGGAGGAAAUCGAGGAUGGGCAUGGUUGUUGGCUUUUCGAGGAGAGAAUAGCAGGCUUGUCAUGGGUGGCAAUGACAUAUUUGGGUUUUAGGUUUCAGCCAAUAAGAGGGAAAUGGCAGUUGCAGUUGGUGUGGCAAGAGGGAGGCUACGGGUGUAGAUGUCAACUGGCCGACUGCGAUGAGAAAUUUUUGUGUGGGAGAGUGGCUGCAAGACAAGGAUGGUUCUGGAGGCUUAGAGGUUGUGAGGGGUGUUCGGGUGGAGAUGUCUUUGGUGAAGGUGUUGAAGAUGAAGAUGAUGGGUCAGUGUCUUAUGGAGGCUGGUGUGGCAGGUUAGAUGGGGUGUUCGGUGAGGGUAUGUGUGGAGAAGAAGAUGAUGGGUUCGUGGGUAAGAGAAGAGAGGUACAGCGGAGGAAUGAACGAAAGGCUGCAGAGGUGGCUACAGCUACUGUUGAGGUUCAUCGCACAGGGAAAGACGUGGUUAUGUCGUGGUGGCGAGUUGAAUUUGUUGCUAGAGUUGAGAUUAGAUGUGAGUUUGACGAUGAGGGGCUUUCUGUUUUUUGUGGGUUUGACAAUGGGGAGCUUUGUGUUUUGAAUGGGUGCCGUGAGUUUACGGUGAAGGGAGAUUGGGGUGGUCUUAUGAUAUGGUCUGCGGAGGCUACUGCCAUGGAAUUUUUCAUAAACCAAAAGGGUCUUUAUGGUGAAGGGAGAUUGGGGUGGUCUUAUGAUAUGGGUCUGGUAGGGGAAGCUUAUGUUGGUUUUGUAGUUGGUGAAUGGUUAGUGGGUGAGGAUAGUGUAGGAGAAAGAGAGGCAGUAGUAAAGGAGUUCGAUUGGAGCUUAGUGGCAGAGCUGGCUGCUGCAGUGGAGAUGGCUGCUAGCUGGGAAUUGUGGAGCUGGAAGCAGCUGGCGUUUGAUGAUGAACCUGGAUUUUAG